GAGCACGAGUGGAGGGGGGAGGGGCGACAAGAGGAUGGCGACGGUUGGCCGGUUAGGCUGUGAAUGGACAGCAGGCGGCAGAGCGAAGUGACGGAAGUGAAAUGAGAACAGGAGUAGAUGGCGGGAAAGAUGAUGUAGAGGUGAAAUAAGAUAAAAACAAAGCGGGAAAGGAGAACAACAAGCAGAGUGAAAGUAAACGGACAGUGAGCGCAGUGUAACCGUGACAACGAGACACGAGGACGGAUUUAAAGUGAUCAUAAAAUCGUCUCCAGACGGUCGUCGUUCGUCCAGUAGGCGGGAUUAAUGCACCUGUAAGCUGAUUUGUCAAACGCCAUCGAAGCCCUGAAGAAGAACGGAGGAGGACAGCACUACUGUGGUAGAGGAGCGGUGUGUGUGCAGACAUGGCUGCUGUUGAUGAAGCGGACUGAACUUAGAGGAGAGACACAAACUAAAGUAUAGAUCCACUCACGUCAGUGUGGAUCUGACACCAACGUCUGUAUCACUUCAUCGAUGCUUGUAUCGAUCCGCUCAGCCUGAGUUGAAGCAGCAAUGAGUUCAGUUCAGUAUCUGAGAGAGUUCAUCAAGGAGAGACUAACUGCUGUUUGUGAAGAAAUCUUCUCAGAGGUUCAAAAAACCAUCGUCCAGUAUGAGGAGGAGAUCAACCGUCAGCACAGACUGCUGGAUAUCAGCCGGAAACCCGACAGAAACUCACACAUCAUAGAUCUACCACAACAUCAUGACUGUAAGGAAGAGGAGGGUCUGGAUGAGCAGCAGGUCUGUAACCAGGAGAGGAACUCCAGUGUGGACCAGGAGGACCCAGAGCCUCCACAGGUUAAAGAGGAACAGGAGGAACCCUGCAGCAGUCAGGAGGGAGAGCAGCUUGGACUGAAGCAGGAGGCUGAAGGCAUUAUCGUCUGGACUGAUGAAGAGCAGCUCAGACUGAUGGAGACCAUCCGGAAACCUGUGAUAAAGUUACACAGAAUAGAUGUCCAACAGCAGCAUGCUUUUGAGGAAGAGGAGAUUUUUACCGACCAGCAGGUCUGUAACCAGGAGAGGAACUCCAGUCUGGACCAGAAGGAGCCAGAGCCUCCACAGAUUAAAGAGGAACAGGAGGGAGAGCAGCUUGGAUUGAAGCAGGAGGCUCAUGUCUUCAUGGUGACACCCGCUUACGAGGAAAGUUCCCACAGUGAACCAGAACCAAACAGUGAGCAGCUCCUUCCUCACAGCUCUCCGGAAGCAGAGAGCCGAGAUCAUGAAGGAAAUCGGCAUGUGCACUCAGGAUCUACUAGAAUUGCAGAGCAGAAGAACAGACACAGAAAGAGAAGUCGCAGUCAGAGAGUAGAUAACACUCCUGUGUCAGCGGGUCAAAGUAGAAAGGACACAAAGAACAAGUCUGUACAAUGUGACGUGUGUGGAAAAACUUUGCAGAAUAAAUACAUGACUACACAUCUAAGACUUCACACAGGUGAGAAGCCGUAUUCUUGUAGCAUAUGUGGGAAAAGAUUUGCUGACCCAUCAGCGUUCAGAAUACACAAGAGAAUUCACACAGGUGAGAAACCGUAUUCCUGUAGCACAUGUGGGAAAAGACUUGCUCACUCAUCAGGGCUCAUAAAACACACGAGAAUUCACACAGGUGAGAAGCCGUAUUCCUGUAGCAUAUGUGGGAAAAGAUUUGCUGACCCAUCAGUGUUCAAAAAACACGCGAGAAUUCACACAGGUGAGAAGCCCUAUUCUUGUAGCACAUGUGGGAAAAGAUUUGUUACCUCAUCAGCGUUGAAAACACACACAAGAAUUCACACAGGUGAGAAACCGUAUUCUUGUAGCACCUGUGGGAAAAGACUUGCUGCCUCAUCAGCAUUCAAAACACACACGAGAAUUCACACAGGUGAGAAACCGUAUUUUUGUAGCACAUGUGGGAAAAGAUUUGUUACCUCAUCAGCGUUGAAAACACACACGAGAAUUCACACAGGUGAGAAGCCGUAUUCUUGUAGCACAUGUGGGAAAAGAUUUGUUACCUCAUCAGGGCUCAUAAAACACAUGAGAAGUCACACAAGUGAGAAACCAUAUUCUUGUAGCACCUGUGGGAAAAGAUUUGCCCAGAGGAUACACUUAAAGAAGCACAUGAGAAUUCAUACUGGUUAAAAUGUUCAUACUUAUAAAAUGUGGGGAAACCGUGAGUCAUUGGUGAACACCUGAGAUGAUCCAUAUUAAAGUCAAUAUUUUAGAUCCAAAACAGUAAAGACAUCUCGGGGUUGUUUGUUCAGUUUAUUACCAUAUUCUUUUAUUUACAAGAAAACUUUAAGAUUAAAGUUACACUUUAAUCUUACACUUGUUAAGCAGAACAGUAUGCUCCUGUUCUGCUGGUUCAUUGUUAAAUUUAAUUCAUUGUUUAAAUUUAAUUCAUUGUUAAAUUCCAUUGAUUUAAGUGUUGUUCAUGUGUUUUUAGGGUUUAUUAAGAUUUUAAGAUUUUUGUCUUACAAAGAUGUAAUCUCAAAUGUGUGAAAGCAGCAUAACAGAGUGUUCUGCCUUAUUUUACAAAAGUUUUUCUUUGUUUCUGACAGUGGUGUUCUAUCAGGACAAGCUUGCACUGUCAAAUUUAAAACAAUACUGAUAAAUUAAAAUGUGCCAAAAUAAA